CACUCGCUUUGUUCUGCUGGCCUGAAUACAGCUUCCUGUUUUCACCCUGAUGUGAAAAGAAGGAGGGAGCGAGAGAGUGAGUAUAAAAGCAGCAGCUGCAGAGUGAACUCCACAACCAACAACAGAGCCAAGAAGAUCUCCAAAACUACACAACUCUACACAACUAAAACUGUCCCAAGACGACCCGAAAAUGGAAGCAGAUAAGCAGAAAGUACAGUGUGAGAAGGUUCAGGUCACAGACAGUGAUCUGUCUGAGCAGAUAAAGGCCGUGACUAAAGAAAGCCACAUCCGAGCCGAGAACACACAACUGAUGCUGAGCUUCCAGAAAGCGAACAUCAGCCUGCAGCAGUAUAAGCUCCUGCUGUGCUCCUUGUAUAAGAUCUACGAAGCUUUAGAAGAGGAACUGGACAGGAACGCAUCUCAUGAAAGUGUGGCACCAAUUUACUUUCCUCAGGAACUGGGCAGGAUGGAAGCCCUCAAGAAAGAUCUGGAGCACUUUUAUGGUCAGGACUGGAGAGAGAAGAUGAACGUACCGUCUGCUACACUGAGAUACGCUCAGAGGUUGAGAGAGAUUGGCAGCGAGCAUCCUGAACGCCUCGUGGCUCACGCUUACACUCGCUACCUGGGUGACCUGUCAGGUGGCCAGGUGUUGGGCCGUAUUACCCAGAAGGCUUUAGGACUGAAGAACGGAGAGGGUUUGGCGUUCUUCACGUUUCCUGCCGUCAGCAGCCCGAAUCUGUUCAAGCAGCUGUACAGAAGCAGGAUGAACAGCAUCGAGCUGACAGAGACGCAGAGAGAGGGAGUGCUGGAGGAAGCUGUCAGAGCCUUCGAGUACAACAUCCAGGUUUUUGAUGAUCUCCAGAACUUGGUGAGCAUCUCAGAGAAGAAUGAACUGAGGCAGAGAAACAAAACACACAACCUCAAGACACCAGAUGUCAGAGUGAAUCAGAGCUCAGCGCUGUCCUCCUCACUGACAUCCACUUCUCAGCUGCUCAGGAUGCUGCUCGGUGUGUGUUUCGCUCUGGCGGUCGGAAUGGGAAUGUAUGCACUUUAAAGACUGUGACUCUU